AUGGGUGCGGUGAUACUGGGUGUCGACCAUUGGCGGGCUCCUCGGUUUUACAUGUUUUGUUUUCUCCUUACGUCACUUCUUUUCAUUCCUUCACAUGGCGCCUUGCCGCACUUCUAUCAUGUGAAUUUGCGUCUGAGGGAGACCAAUUCCAUGUUAGAGCUGCGAUGCCCUCUCUAUCAAGCAGUGGCCGGUGAUGUGUUGGUCUACUCGGACGCGACUAAUGUUGAAUUAAUGCGGGUGGUAAUAAAAGAUGGAAAAUCAGAAACUGUGCUAGCUCUAUCCACAGAGAGCCUGGACAAAGAUGCCAAUGCUUUUGUCUUCUUUUGCCGCGUGUUCGAAUCAAAGACCCAGAGCUUGGUAUCCAAAACCACUUUUGAUGUGCAGAAACAGCUGAUAUCAAACUUCAAAGCUCCUGUCUACACGACUCUCAAUUACGAUCCCGACAAGAUGAGGUUUGUCAAGGUUAGGCUGGGCCAGUCUCUUAAAGUCGAAUGUCCAAUCGAGGCUAAAAUGCAUCAAUGGUUCCGAUCUGGUGGUGAACAGAUACUUGAGGCUUCCUCAAAAGAUCCUGUGGAUGCGCUGAAUUUCGCCGCCAUCAAGAUGAGUGAUCUGGGCAUUUAUUACUGCGCUGCUCAACCCACUGAGGAAGGCUACUCGCCCGAACUCUCACUCCUUGUUCAAAAGUUCAUUAUCCAAGCGAAUGAAGCUUCGGUGGUAACUCAAAUGGCGGAUUCGAAGGUGGCGGAGGGCAACCGAGUGGUCAAAGUGUGCAAACAGGAGGUGAACGAGCUCAUUCCCUCUAGCAUGAUAAGUUGGGAACGGCCUCUAGGGGUUGUGCAUCUACUCUACUCAGGAAAACACCAAAUAGUCCUGGAUUCUGAUCAGCCUUUCUACUGUUCCAUCGAGAAUCCUAGCACCCAGCGUGCGCUUAAAGCGUUGGCGCGGUCGCGUCGCAGUAAUGCAGGACCCCAGUUCAUAUUGCGAGAGGUGAGUGCAAGCGGAAAGACGGCAACAGUUGAAUGCCGGUGGGACGGCAACAAAGACGUCCGUUACGAGUGGUUGGCAAAUAACGGAAGUGUAGUUGGGAGCGGCGCAUUGAAGGAAGUCGACUUGGUGGGGCUCUUGGCUCGUGGUACUUCGGCCCACACCGACCCUGACACCAAGCUCAAAGAGCACUACACUUGCCUUGUCUACGAUCUUAUCUCCGGGGAAAAGUUGGGCGAGAGCAUCUUCAGCGGACUAACUAAAUUCAAGCCACCGGAUCUCAAUUCUGUUGAACUGUCAGAGGAGCCGGACGACAUCAUCGUACUCUACCCUGAUGAACAGUUAGAAAUGCAUUGUGAUAUACCGCCGCACUCGCCUCUUCGAGCAAGAGACAUUGACUGGUACGUCGGCGGUGAGAAGUUGGGCAAAGUACCGAAUCGAGUGGACCUGGGCAAAUCGAGCAUUCUUGGCUUCACCGAAUUAAAGGAAGACAGAACGGCCACCUAUUCUUGCCGUUUCGGCGAAACUGUAAAGACCUCUCACAUUAUUGUAAGGGAAAGAGCCGUAUCAAUCAACAUUGAACCAAAGGAGGACUACAAAUCCAGCGGAAUUAAUGAUAUGGCUGAGUUUCAUUGUCGAGUCACGGGUAUGAAAAAUGGUGGCAAGAAUGUGCGAUGGUCCUUCAUUCCAGAGGGUUCGACGGAAGAACAGGGUAUACCCGCAGAUGCAGAGAUUUCUGAACCAGCGGCAGCUCCGGCCACAGCAUUUCUCCUCAUUAAAAAUCCUGAAAAGCGCCACGCAGGCCAGUACAUAUGCCGCAUUCGUCGGAAUAUGGAUGUUGGAAAACUCAUUAUCGAGGAUCGAAAGAUUAGCGUGAACCCCGAGGUUGUCACGACUCGUCCGGGCUCGACUGUGCGCUUCUUCUGCACCGUAACCCUGUCCGAUGGGGGUUUAGUGUUGGGCGGUGCCACAAAGGUCUCAUGGUUCCGUAAAGACCGUCGCUCACUUAGUGCCGGUCGUGAAGAAAUUAUUACCGGCACCUCGGCUCGAAACGCCGCAGUUCUUGUUGUCAAGAAUGUGAACAAUGACUUCAAUAAUGUUGUCUACGUUUGCACUGAUGGAUUCCGCGAGGCUGAGGCAAAGAUUCUGAUUCAGGAAGUUUGUGGUCCAGGAGAAAGAUCAUGCGGUGGAGACAAGUGCAUCUCAGAAAGCCUCUUCUGCAAUGGUGUUCCUGACUGUCCUGACGGGUCCGAUGAAAUACCAGAGCGCUGUCGUGAAUGUGAACCAAAUCAGUACGCCUGCUUGCCCGUUGAUGGGAAAGAUCCUUCACGAUUCUGCUACCUCCGCUCUUGGCACUGCGAUGGAGAAGAUGACUGUGGCAAUGGAUUCGAUGAAGUCAAUUGCCCAGCACCAAACCCCGACACACCAUGCAGCAACAAAUUCUACAUUUGUCCGGAAAGCCAGAGGCCAAUUCCUCGGUCCUAUCUCUGCGAUUCUCAGAUUGACUGUACUCCUUCUGGAAGUGACGAAAUCGGCUGCAGUCGACCAAGUGUAAUCUACCCUCCUCGAGGUCAGGACGUGAUGGGCAUUAAAGGGACAAACGUAACUCUUAAGUGCGUUAUUCACGGGCUUCCACCGCCCACCAUCAAUUGGCGAUUCAACUGGGGUCCCAUCAAAACCGAUGUGGACUAUGUGGAGAACACCACCAUUGAGGGCUGUGAUCGUGUCACCAGCUAUCUUACUUUGCUCAACAUUGAUCCACGUGCUAGUGGAAUGUACACUUGUGAAGCUGUGACCUACCAAGACCGUGUACUGGCUCCCGAUUACACCGUUAAUGUUGGUGCGGGAAGCUACUGCACCUCACCGAAAUUCAACGACGCAGCAUGGAAUGAGGACAUGUGCCUUGACUGCUAUUGUGCAGGUGUCUCCAAUGUCUGCACAAGCCUGCGCGGGUACUCUCUUGCUCCUGCAGAUAAGGUUGCAAAGAGCUCAAUCGAGGAUGUACGACUGGUGGAGUACGACUCGGAGGAUAAGCCGCUCCCAGGCGAACUGCAGGGCCUCCAGUUGACUGAUGGCACUUUCACGAUCACCGUCCCAAAGGCUAAUCACACUUACUUGGAAGGGACGUUUGGACUAAACAGCGAUUGGAUCACCUCCUACAGCCUCUUUUUGAAGGCCAAUAUUACGCUAGUAGGACCAGUGGAAGGAUACCAACCAUUUGCACCUGUUGUUCUUGAGGGCAACGGGGAAACUAUCUACUAUUGUGGACCGUCAAAUCAACCAGUGCUGUACACCGAUGAGGAGGGCUAUCAAAACCAGCUCCAGAUUCGUCUCACUGAGCGUAAUGGUUGGAAAGCGGAUGGCCCUGAUUGCAAGGAAAACGGUCUUCCACCCCGCCGUGAACAGAUGAUGAGGUUACUGUCGAACGUAGAGAAUAUCCGUUUCCGUGUCAACCUGUAUGGAGGCCAAGGGACUUACAAGUUGACAGAUGUUCGACUGGAGCAUGUUGUGCCUACGGAUGCUCCUGGAACACUGUACCCUGAGAUUGAGUUCUGCAAGUGUCCUGAGGGCUACGAGGGACUUUCCUGUCAGCAAUGCACAAGAGGUUAUGAGCACGAUUCCAAGGAUCCAUUUAAGUGCAGUUUGGCGUGUCCAUGUGACGAGUGUGAUGCUGACGGCAAUUGUAUCGCCUGUCGCGGCAACGCAACGGGACCAGACUGCAGCGAGUGUCGAGUCGGUUUCUAUCGCCCUCUUGACAUGCCAAUAACAUCGCCCUGUCUACCCUGCGAAAAGUGCGGUGGUGGUUUACCUCACGUUAGUACUGAAUGCACGGCAGAUCCUCAGUCACUGACUGGUUAUCGGUGUCGAUGCGAGGUAAAGGAGGAUGGACGCCUGUUAGACGACUCCUGUGACCUAUGCAAAUCAGAGUCUCCACCGCCAGAAGCAAAGUGUGAGGAACGCUCCGAGUUGCUGAACCUUUGCAAUCCUCUGGGAACUGAAAGCAUCACAACCGUUGAAAUAUGCAAUUGUAAGGAAGGUUACGAAGGUGAGAGAUGCAGAGAAUGCUCUACAGGAUAUAUGAAAUACGGGGAGAAGUGUCUACCCUGCUACUGUGCCGGCAAAACAAAAUCGUGCAAGGAAUCGGAGACCUACUUCUUUGAAAAUGUUUCACUCGCAAAUCCGGGACGAUACAAGUUUGACGUUUUUAUGUCGAGAAAGUUGGCAAACGGCGAGGUGGAGGCAAUCCCUCUUGACAGUACCGGCAAGCAACGGAUAGAACGUGCUUAUGCUCCCACAAACAUAAAUAAAGUUGGACCUCCUGAAGACCUUGUUAUACGAGAACCCCUAACCACUGAUGGCAUUUCACAGAUCUCCAUUAAAAUCACUGAUACUCAAAACGGUGACAACGAAGCCGAUCUCCCCGUCUACCGAUAUCUGUACGGAGGAAAGAUGUCGUUUCGGUUAAAACGCUUUCGGGAGAAAAAUGCACAAUCAACUGUCAGUGAGAACCGGUUGGUCGUAACAAUUGAGUCACCCAAGUUUGGAUCAUUCUGGACCUCCGCUGCAUUCAAUCCCACCAACCAGCGCUAUGAGGUUGAUUUCAUCGAAGAUUGGUGGAACGGUGGAUGGCGUACACAAAAUGUUGAGUUAUCUCGAGCUGCUUUACUUCGAGUCUUGGCUACGGCUAAUUCAAUCGGUAUCUCUAUGGUUUCGAGUAAGAACGCCCUUGAGAAUGCACGAAUUGGUGGUCUGUCAUUUGAAAUUGCUCGUGAUUUUGCCAAUGCCUCCGCUGCCGCUGAGGAUGAAGGAUUGAGGUCUGCUCCCGUAGAAAUCUGCGAGUGUGGUCCAACAGAAGGCAGGGGCCUUUCUCCCAGUUGUGAGGGGUGCACUAAUCUCUCCCAGUCAACAGUCGUGAAUCUUCAUCCAUCUGAACCCGAUUUCGAGUGUGGCGAAUGCAAAGGACCUCAAUGCGACGCGUGUCCAAACGGGCAAUUCAAAUAUGACCUUCUCACAAACACCGUCUAUGAUAGCUGUCAAAAGGGUGUUGUGAUGAACUCAGAGGGUCGCGUGGUGGUAGCUCAUCCUGGCAGUCGUGUUGUGCUAACCUGUCGUGCAACUUCCUAUCGGGGAGGCAUUCCAGUCCACACCUGGCGUCUGCCUGCCCUUGUGGCUAAUUCAUCCGAUGUCACUAUUAGGCGAAAACUCCUGCCUUUCAACUCGCGCGUCGAGGACGACAAAUGGAGUCCGAUUACUUCUGAAGUGCAGUUGGAAAUUAAAAAUGUUAAAGAGGAAUACUCGGGUCUCUACGACUGUCAAGUGGCCGCUUUGGGAGCUAAUCUAACUGAGUCAUUCCACCUCAUUAUCAGAGACCCAGAUACAAAGCAACCAAGAGAACCAGGAGAUAAACUAAAUGAGGAGUUUCCAGUUCCAAUCCCUGUACCUGAUGCCCCACCAUUCGUUGAGUAUUUAACUAUGGACUCGGAUGAAAAGGAUCCUAGUAUAGCUAUUUUCAAAGGAAAAGUUUCGCCACCGAACAGCCUAGACCACUACCACAUUGUGUGGCUGGCUCCCAACGGAACUCAGAUAACUCCAAUUCUCGAUCCGGUAAUUGAUUCGGCAACAGGGGAGUUUUCAGUUAUUUUGCCACUUGAAGCUGAUAAAAUGACUGCAAAAGGCGAGAACAUUAAUGGAUUCCUGGUGGGAAAAGAUCCCGUUAAGACGCCAAUUUGGGUACAUCUCCCAGAGCCAACUAGAGUCAAGCAGCCCGCCAUAUUGGAGACUGCCACAGGAAUAAAUCUCAGUCAUUCUUUUCUCAAUUUGACCUUCCUUGAGCCUGCUAAAAUUUGGGUUAACGUCCCUAAUGGGAAGCCCAAAAAUGUCGUGAUAAAGUGGCGGCGUCUAGGGUUGCCACCAUUGGAAAGCUUCGAAUUUCCUCAGGGCAUAGAAGUCAAUCAGGACGGGGAUUUGAUCAUUUAUGCCUCGGCUGAAGAGCAUGAGGGCGACUACGAGGCUACUGUUACCAUCCCAGAGAAAGGUGACGUCAGCAAAUUGCGCACCAAGGUUAUUGUUCAGCCUUGGUUACUACCGUCACUGGUUUCGGUUCCGCCAGGACAAUCCGGAGAGAACCCUGAGGAGGUAAAAGACGUAGAACCACCUCAGUCAACAGUCGAAGAUGCCUUUGCCUACUACGUUUUCGGUUUCACUCCUGAGUCUUCACUUUGUAAGAAACCGAGAUGGAUAUUAAUAGAUGAAAUUCAAAAUACGUCUACGGACAUCACGACAGAAGUUAAUCGGAAAAAUGAACAACAAUUCAUCAUCAACUUUCCGUUGGCCAGUGGCAAAUACAUUAAGUUCCAGUGCUUCCCAGUGCCAACGGUCAAUCUUUCUGGGUCACUGCAAUUCAAUAUAGAAUCACCCGAUCCUCGAAUCAUACUUGUGCUUAAAUACGAUGAUCCCCAAUCAAUCUUCCCUACGAGACUUGUCUGUGCUGAGGGCAAUCCAAGAGUUAAUGCAACUGUGACGAUAACUUCUGACAAUCUGGACGAAAAACAAAUUACGGCUCUCGAGAAGCCAAGACUGGAAGAUUCUGAGGAGGUGGAACUAGACUGGCGUCGUAUUGGCGGAUUUCAGCCCUCUAAACACCUAGGAAGGUACACCUGUAAAGUAAAAACUCCUUCAUGGACUGUCGAGAAAUCAGUUGUCAUCAAGCCGAGGCCACUUCCAGAGGGAUCGGAUGGUCUGAUUCAACAUCGGGAACCAAAACUGAGAAUCUCUUCUCCGGGUCGGACUCUCAUCCCUCAGGGGAAUGAUAACUACCAAGUGGAUGUCAGAGAAGGCCAGCCAUUACAGAUCGUUGCUGAGUAUGAUUUUCCAUCGGAUACUGGCGAAAUCACUUGGUCGUUGGAUAAUUCGACCGAUGUUCCAGAAAUCUCCUCAGGUGGAGGACAUUCGUGGAGACGCGUCAGCAUCGAGGACACACCUAUCACCUUCGAUGGGAAAGUCCUCAAUUUUGCGAUUAAUACCCCGGAUGGAAGAGAAAAUGCCAAAGUUACACUAGAAGUCAGCUCCGAUGAAAGACCUUUUGCAGUCAUUACUUUAAAUAGUUCAGCGCUUGUCAACGGUGAUCUGAUUGGAUUGACCAACGGAAACAUGGAAAUUGACGUGAAGUCGCUCGGUUCCGAUGGUUCCGAACUUUCCAAAGAUUUGGAGACCUUUUGGCGCAUCACUCAGGCCAAUGGAGCACCAGUGAAGCUUGAUGAUGGUAUCCUGGCUCAGCGGUACACCCAGCCAUAUCCUUCUCGUCUUGAAUUGCAAGGUCUUCAGCGCCAUGCCACAGAAUUUCGCAUUUCUGCGGCUGUCGUUGUUCCCAUUGGUGAUAAGAAGGAACUCUUCACCUCAGUUCCAUACCGCCUUAUUAUCCGCGAGCCUCUGAUCAAAGCUUUUGUACGUGGUCUAACUGAACCCGGAAUACUCUCUGGUCAGGAGCUCGAUACCGUUGGAGUUGCUUGCGUUGCACAAGACGUCUGGCGUAACCAAACAGUGGAGGAUGUCAUUUACGACUGGGACUAUAUCACUCAACCGGAGGGCGGAGUCACUGAAUUGAGAACAUCUUCCGACAAAGUUGAACACGACAAGUCAUCUCUUGGCGAGGUGCCAUGGUUAGGUCUGACCAUCCGAGACAACUCUAUCUACAUUGGUAAUUUAAGAAGCCGUCCUGGAUGGAUAACUUAUCUUCGCUGUCGGGCAAAGACAAAUGUCGAUGGUCGACCUGUGGUUUCUGACUGGUUUAAGCUAAACGUCAUUCCAGGUGAUAUGGCUGCCAAAUUUCCCAAGAUCAAAAUCCUCCCAAUAUUUGAUACCGCGAUCUCUCGCUUUCCUGUCGAGGUUAAAUGUGUGGAUACGAAUACUGAAGUACCGUCAACGGUGACAUGGUCCAAAGAUAGUCAGAAGCUGCCCGAAUCGAUUAAAGUUUCGACUGAAACAAACGCGGCUUCUCUGUCCUGGUCAGUUAAAGGAAAGGAGGAAUUUUCGCCUCGUGAAAUGGCUGGUUUGUAUGUCUGCGAAGCGAAGAACGAAUUUCGCACUGCUAUCGAGCGUCUAUUCCUCCCGACUGAUAUAAUGGAAAAACAUGACCGAGAAAAGACUCCUGUCGACAGAGAGUAUAUUCGCAUCAAAUCGAUACAUACUCCAAUUGUACAGAUUAAUGAGAAGAAAUACUUGACUGUCGAUGAGGGGGAGCCGUUUGAGCUGGUUUGUGAGUACUGUGGCUACCCUCCACCAUCGGGUGGUGUGAACUGGCGCCUCAACCAAAACGGAGGUGAGGGAUCAACCAAUGACGUACUGGCAAAAGUCAACGGUCUUGCGUGGGAGCGAGGUCGCAACUACUGGACUGUAGUACGGUCUGAGUCCUUCAAUCGAUACGCACCACAGACAGGUGUCUACACUUGCGAAGCGCUCGAUGAAUCUGGACGCAUUCUCUCUUCCGAUGCUGUCAAUGUAGAUGUACCUGUAAAGAACUAUGACAUUGAAGUGGAGGGAUUGGACGACUUCGGUGAACUUUACCUUCAACCGGGUGGCGAUGGGCAUGUCAGUUGUCGUGUAAAAGACUCUGCUACCGGCAAGAUCGUUCCCAUCUUUGGUAGACUAAAGAAGCUUGAAUGGGAAGGCCCUAUGAUAGUAGCGGAGAAGGCCAAAUCCCUAAACGAUUUGGCACGCCAAGUUUUCAUGGCAGGUGAAGAUCUCAGCUUCCGUGGCGUCUAUGCUGAUUUGCCAGAGGGAAUGAGGGGUAAAUGCGUCUUCUGGGAUGGAAAGGUCCGCAAGGAAUCCAAGCCCUUCCUGAUUAUUGUUCGGGGUGAAGGAGACACAUAUGAAGGUCGGCAUCUGAAAGCAGCCACUAUAUCCUGGCACUUUACUGCUCCCAAUGGCAAAGACGUUCCUUCUGGCCACUUGUUUAAAGAUCUCAAAAGCGAAGGUAAUAUGAUAGUGAUGACUGGACUUCGGGAUGACGUCGACCUUUCCGCACUGGCUGGGGGUGAUUCAGUAGUGGAGGGCCGCUGCAUUGCUUUCAUUCCGAUGACAAAUAGGAGCUACCCAUCAGAACCAUUCUUAACUAUUGGUGCCAAGGGCACUGAUAAAACUCCUGAAGUGGUCGAGAAGCUAAAAACUAAAGACAAACCCUUCAUAAACAUCGAAGGGGACGAUAAAGGCUAUGUUUCGGUUGAGGAGGGUAAAGACGUCAGUCUGAGGUGUCGUCUCGAGGAAACUUCACCCAAUUCACCCAUGUUCACAGAGGGGUACACAUAUCAUUGGCAGAUUGCUCGUAAGGACGGAAGACCUGUGGAUACAGGUGUAAUGGCAGACAGUGUUGAAGUUAUUCCUCUCCCUGACGGUGGCCUUGAGCUUCGCCUGACUGGUCUUAAAGCGUCCGCUGUUGGUUUGGAAGUCAGAUGUUCCGUCCUCAAUGCGACUGAUGAGAAUGAACGAAGAAUGAUGCAUUUUUCGAAAGGUGGAGACUCUGUGAUCUUCACUGACGGCAAGGCUGAGAGGCCGCAGUUUACUGGUAUACUAGACUAUGACACGGUUCCAGAAAACGACAAAAGAAACAGGUACAUCGUAAAAGUUGACGGAUUGGAGGACCAGAAUCGACUCGCAGAGCCUCGAGACUCAGAUAAGACCUUUAAUGUGAUCAUAGUAGAAAAAGAAACGGGUGAAGAAUUUUCAGUCACUGAUCCAGCAUGGAAGGCGGCUGGUUUGGAAGUUCGAUAUGCCGAUGGCCGACCAGCCCCUUUGAGCCACCUUGCAAAGGAAGUUCGAGUUGACUCUAGCACUGGAGAGAUUAAACUGGUCGGAUACAAGGGUGACUCUGAAUUGGACAAACGUGACGACCUAUUCAUCCGUGUGAUUGCAGAAAAGACUUCAACUAAAGUUGAUUACGAAACAAAACCGAAGCCGGGACAGUUGGGCGAUCCUAGCAAGGAGCGCUACGCUUCUCCGCUUAUUCCUGUUACUCUCUCUGAUAGAGACUCUGACAACCGUGAAAGAGCCGUGAGAUUGCCACCUUUGAUUCCCAUCAUUCAUGGUCUCAGCAAAUGUCGCACUCUUGUCCUUGAAAGGGGAAAGGAUACUACCUUAUCCUGCAAAGCUAGAGGUAUUGAAGGCGAAAGUGGUUUGCUUUUCGCGUGGGAGUUGAGAGAUAUCCAAGGUCGUCAGGUUUCCAUGGCUACAAUCGCUGAGUCCGUCAAGUCCUCGGGAAACCAACUUAGACUCAAUGGGAUGAAGGCCUUGGUAGAGGGCAAGAGCCUGCUCGGGAGGUGCGUGAUUGGCAGGAAGACGGGCAUUUCGGAAAAUUACUUUAGCCGAUACUUUCUCGUAGGACCGUCCUGCAGUCCAGUUGAGGACGCGGUCGCAAUUGUAGAAGAAACUCCAAGCAAAUAUUCAGGUCAACGACGAUUCCACUGCACAGUUGCAGAAAGAUCCGAUGGCUCUGUCAUACCCGGUGCAACUUACAGUUGGGAGUUCGCAAGCCCCUCUGGCGAAACCAUCUUGCCUGGUCACCUCUUCGAAAGCGUUGAAAUGUCCGGAGACUCUAUUGAGCUUGGACAACUUCGAAGUGAUUUUGAUUUUUCGACCUACUUCGUUGACAAGAGUGUCAGUCUCAUCGAGGGUCGAUGUGUGGCUCAUGUACCUCCUGCUGAUGAUAAAGGCGUGUCUAAGAAGAUUUACUCGAAUUCUAUGGUCCAAGUGUCCAAGGAUGGUGAGGAUGAGCAGCCAACCUAUUCGACAAAAGAAAUAAUUGAGGGUGGGAUUUGUUAUUUAUCUGGAACAGUGAAGGCCUCAAAUGACAAACCUCGGGCUGUUGUGGAAGGUACUAUAGAGAAUACAGUGAUCGCGAAGUCGGAUGCUAGUGUAACGCUCAAGUGUUUUGGGGUUGACGAUCAGACGGGAGCUAACCUAGGCAACGUUGACCACUUAUGGGAGGUACAGACGAAGGACGGUCGACCGAUGGACACCAGUUCACUGGCUGAAAAGGUUGAAUUGACGCCAGCAACUGAUGGAUUAGGCUAUGAGCUGCGACUUAUCAAGAUACGUCCAACUGCCAAUGGACUUCGUUUGCGGUGCAUUCUUAGAGAUUCACGCGACAAAUUUGAGAACCCUGAAGAUCAGGUGACUGGAGAUUUAAUUGACGUCGUCGUUGAAAGUGAUCCUGAGAAACCUGAACUUUUUGGCGGGAAGCUAGACGACGUCGUUCCAAUAUCCGAUAGUGAUCCAAGAAAAUCAUUUCGAGUUGAAGUCAAUGGCCUUGACCGUGAUGGAAACCUAGCUGGACCCGAAAAUGCCACUCUCAAACUGAAAGCUGAGCUAAUUGACGAAUUCACGAAUGAGAAAGCAGGUAUCCCUGAAGGCGGUGGCUUUUGUUUCGGCCUCGAAGUUACCAAAGCCGAUGGAAGUCCUGCUCCGUUGAACUACAUAGCAAAUUCUGUUGAAGUUGACAGCAAAUUGGGUGAGAUCGAAUUGAUUGGGUAUCAGGGAGACCAGCGCAAGAUUGUUUCCAAGGAUAUUCGCCUGCGGGUUGUGGCUGAACGAAGUGGGCUAAAAAAACGCCAACGAUUCGCGUCCCCAUACUUCUAUCCUGUUUUAACUCAAGAUGGGGGGGAACCCAUCAAAGAUGAUAGAUCGACUGUGAAGGUGUGGCCUGAACUAAGGCCAAUAGUUGUUGGGUUGAGCAACUGCCGUAACCUGCCCAUCGAAGUUGGUGCUAAAAAGACGCUGGUUUGUGAUGUUUCAAGCCCAACCGAGGACCUGAACAAACUACUGUACGGAUGGGAGAUACGAGAUGAGAACGCCCACAUAUUACCUCUUUCUGGCUCUUUCGCUGACCUCACAAAACAGUCAGGCAAAACAUUGGAACUGAUAGGCUUGUUUGUUCCCAAAGUGCGCACUUUCGGUCGCUGUGUUGUGGCCCGACCCAAUAGGGGCAGUGCAAAGUACUACAGUGAUUACUUCGAGAUCGGUGCUACUUGCAAGCCAAGCCCGGAGAAGUUGGUGAAAGUUGACGUCCAGAAUAUUCCACGACACGAUCCAAAAGAAAAGUCCUUUGAAUGCUUUGCUUAUGACUCCGCUACUGGAGCCCGUUUAGAAAAUGCUACCUUCCUUUGGCGAUUCCGAUCUGUUGACACUGGAGAGGUAAUUCCACCACCUCUGCUCUUUGGAAAGGUCACAACAGAGGGCAAUAAGGUGACCUUGAACCGUUUACGAGUUGAUGUUGAUCUUGAAGCCCUGGCAGGCUCCUACAAAGUCUACGGUGAAUGCAUAGCAGACGUUCCCAGAAGUCAAGAUGGCUUUGAAAGGGACAUCUAUUCUUCGGGUCCCAAAUUCUUCAUUGAGCGGGAAACCUCUGGUGGUCUGGAGAUUGGCGAGGUUAAUGAACUCGAAAAAGAAAAGGUGAAGUUUGAAAUGACAGGGGUCGAGGAUGGAAGAGUAGUUGCCAAUGCGGGCGACAACAAAGUGAUCAGCUGUGUAGCGGAGGAUCCUGAAACAAGGCGUCCACUUGAGGGAUUGGCUGUCCAAUGGGUGAUUGAGCAUAAGGACGGAACUGUGGUUGACACUUCGGCACUCGCUAAAUCGGUUAGAUCACUGCCCCUUCCGGCAGGGGCUACUCUUCGUCUGCAAGGCAUCUACAAAACUGCCUCCAGUCUGCGUGCUAAGUGCGUGGCUGCCAAUGCUAAAAGAGGUUUGGAUACGGAACCCGACCAAAAGGAGGGUCCUCUCGAUCCAGCUAUAGAAGUUGAUAGUCCAUGCAUUGAGUUCGAUGUAAAGUCAACGAUUCCUGAUACGCAGAGAGAUAAGGUUAUCCCUAAACCUGAAUUGCCAACUCCAAAGGACUUUAAAUUCCUGAUCGAUGGGCUAGACGAAGACGGAAACCUAGCCAUCUCGCGUGGAGCAGACAGGGUUUUGGAUGUUAAACUCAUUGAUCCUGAUACUGGUGAAGAGCUUCCCAAGGAUCCCAAUGCCAAAUAUGGCGUUAAAAUGAAUCACGCUGACAAGUCUCCAGCUUCUCUAGGUGCCCUUGCUAGAAUUGUGGAGAUGGACUCAGAGGCAGGAAAGAUGAAAAUAGAGGACUAUCAGGGCGACGCGCUUAGUGACAAGGCGGAUGAUCUUUUCUUAGUAUUCACGGUGGAGCGACCGUCCCCUUCAGGUGACGGUAAGAUUGAGAAGUUCGCCUCCCAUCCUAUUCCAGUAAAAACACUAGAUAAAACUGGUGAACCAGUUCCAGAUUAUCGGAAACCUGCACUCCGUCUUCCUGAUCUCAAACCCCUUGUUCUAGGCCUGAGCGAAUGUGGUAACCUAGAAUACGGUACCAGCGAUACCGUUACCUUGAGAUGCAAAGCCAGAGGUCUGGCGGAGGAUGACAGCAAUUUGGUGUACGCCUGGGAAGUCAUCAAACCAGGCGGAUACAAAGUAUCAAUGGCUGGCACUGUGGCUAAAUCCGUGGAACAAGAAGGAUCGAAACUGCGUCUAAUAAGCAUGCUGCCUCAAAAGGAUAUGUUAUUUGGUCGUUGUCUGAUUGCUCGCAAGGCUGGAAACGGCGCUCUCUACGGUAGCUACUACUUCCGUAUAGGCGGCGAAUGCAGACGUAGGGCCAAGACCGUUUUACAAGUUGACGAGGUCCAAACGCUUUCUUCCCAUGAACGCAAGUUUAGGUGCAAGUCAAUUGAUUCCGACAAUGGCAGACCGAUUCAAGCUGGGAGUUUCAUGUUUGAAUUCGUAACCUCCUUUGGUGAAGUCAUUCUCCCAAGUCACAUCUUCUCCAAGGUGGAAAUCGAUGGCGACACUAUUCAGCUUAGUAGACCAAUCCCUGGUCUCAACUUGUCGAAAUUCUUGGGUCCAAAUGAUGGUAAAUUCAUUAUGGGAAGAUGUCGCUUGAUCUCGUCGGAGGAUGGUGGAGAUCCAGACCACCCCUUCGUUCCACCCUCGGACCCCUUCAUUGUCAUAAGCCAAGUCAAAGGGAAGAUUGAAAUCUUGGAUACUGUGGAUGUAAAGGACGAUAAACCAGAUGUGAUUGUGAAGGGUGCAGAUAAAAAUCGAGUAAAUCGAGACGAAAAUAGUUCUGUGACCCUUGUCUGCGAAGCCCAAGACAAGUUCUCGGGGAAGAAGGUGAACGACUUGACGUAUGUCUGGGAGAUUCGCACAAAGGACAACCGCCCAGUAGAUACUAGUGCUCUAGCUGAUAAAGUCGAACUUUUGCCAACCGGUGAAAUCAGACUCACUGGUCUUAAGCAAUUUGCUGCUGGUCUUCUCGUCCGUUGUGUCCUCAUCAAUGACACCUUUGUGGACAUUGAGGACAGAAAAGACAAUGGUGUGCUCUCACCUGGCGAAACGGAUCCAGGAGCUUUUGUCGAUUUCUCCAUCAAGCCUGGCCCCAGAAGUGGCAUCGUGUUUAAUGACACGAGAUCUCUUGCUAUCGAUGAUUCACAUCCGCCAAGGUUCAAAGUUCAAGUUGAGGGUCUCGACAGUGAUGGUGCUUUGUCUGCGAAGCAGGGCGAAGAAGUCGUAAUUAAGGGGAAACUUAUCAACACCGAAACCGCUGAAGAAGAGACGGAUAAAGUGAAGUUUGGUAUCGAAACAAGCUACUCCGAUGGAACUCCAGCCCCGCUAGGUCUUCUUGGCGACGCUAUUACGGUGGAUUCAAAAGUUGGUGAACUGAUAGUGGGUGAGUUUAAGGGAGAUCGUUUGGUUCCCCAGCGAGGCAGUUUGCGCGUGCGUGUUAUCGCUGAAAGGACCGCCGAAUCGGGUGAACCUCCUAAAUCGAAGAUUGAACGCUACGCCUCCAACUACAUUCCUCUAAUUACUCUUACUGAAGAAGGUAUUUCAGUUGAAGAUAACAGACCAAUCGCUGAAGAACUUGAUCCCGUUUCAUUAACAAUCGAGGGACUGACUCCUUGUGGCAAUCUCGUGCUUCAAGAGGGCUCUCCUGUGUCAGUUUACUGCAAGGCAACUGUGAGUAAAUGUAUUAAAAUAUUAAAGUUACACUUUAAAGACAAAACGCAAAAAGAAGAUCAAUUUGUCUACGGUUGGGAGUUUUUAACUGCCAAAGGCGCCCCUGUUCCUCUUGCGGGUGUGAUAUCAAGCUCUGCUGUGGUUGAGGGAUCUGCGUUGCAUCUGACAGACGCCAAAGAUCCCAUAAGUCUAAUGUUUGGAAGAUGCGUUGUCUCCCGAAAAGCGGGUGACGAUACUCGGUACUUCAGCUUUUUGUUCCAAAUCGGUGGAAAAUGUGAUGAAGUCGGAACAAUAACAGCAACUACUACUAUUACGCCUGCGCCGUGGAAGAACGUGACAACAAGCCCAGAAGCGGAAGGAGAGAAUAACUUUACCGGAACGAUCUCUAAUAUGUGGCGCAAGAUCCGCUUCCAGUUGACUGGCAUCAAUCCAGAUCGAAGUGUGGUGGCUAGACCCGACGAUAACGCAACUCUGAGUUGUACUGCAUAUGAUGCGAAGACAAAUGAGGUUCUUUCCGAUGCAACAAUCAGCUGGGAAUUCUGUGAUCUGGACCAGAACAAAAUAAGUCCGAUGCGCAUCGCCAAUCAGGUUGUUGUUCGAGGCGAAAAUAUUAUCGAAUUCAUUGGUUUACGCAAAGAACCGAAAGCUGCAGUGCCAAUUGACAAGUUUCCUGAAGGUGACACGCCUGUGGAGGUGAUAGUGGAGGGGUUGAACGAACAUGGGCAAAUCUCUGUCAAGCAAAUUGGUGACGACGCACAGCUGAUUUGCAAAGCAUUCAGAAAGGAUACAAAUGAAAUCCUCGCUGAAGGCGUUCGUUUCGGUUGGGAGUGGCGCUACUUGGACAACGACGCAGCUAUGACAAGCAACGUGGCUGUGGGUAUCAAAACUGAUGGGAACAGCAUGGAAUUACGUGGCAUUCGGGCUCCUGAGGGUCUUGGUGGUCGGGCCAUCAAGGGUCGCUGCGUCCUUCACAUUUUGGCCAAGGAUAUCGAAUCGGAAGCUAUUGAUGGAGAUAGAGAACGCAAAUUUACUUCACAGUACUUCAUGGUUAUUGUCGAUCGCGUGCCGGUGUUCGUUCAGCCGUCCAUUCCUGGAUACACGAUCGAUGGAAUUUCUGUUGAGAUCGAGGGUACUGUAGGCGGAGAACUGAGGGCUAGCCAAGGCAGCAAUGCCAAACUUAACUGUAUUGUUAAGAAUGUCACCAGUGGAAAACCGAUCUCAGCAGCUCUCUAUGCCAUAAUGUAUGGAUGGGAGUUUAGAGAUGCCGCUAGCAAUCCUGUAGACAGCAGUUUCUUCGCAAACGCUGUAAAUAUUGAGCCGCACGGAAGUCUGCGGCUUUCUGGAUUGUCGGCGCCCGCAACAGGGCGUUUUCCAAUGCGAAUUCGAUGUUAUGCUACACUUGCUCGUCGUUUGCCAACAGGAGAUAAAGAAAUUUUACAGCCUCGCUACUACGCUUCUGACUAUGUUGGCCUUUUGAUAGUCAGGGACGAUGGAACUGUCACAGCACCUGAACCAGACCAGCCUGAACUCGACUUACAAGGGAACCGUGUUGACGUCUAUGUGAAAGGGCUGCAUCCAAGCGGAGAUUUGAAAAGCAUGCCUGGAGAAGACGUUGAGGUGUUGUGCGUCGCCGUAGAUAAAAAGACGGACCAAGAAGUAACAAGUGACCAAGGGAUAUACGACUGGAGUCUCUUGAGACCGAAUGGUUUAAAACUCUCUAACGGUCACUUGGCUAAGGAAGCUGUCUUCGAUGGACCUCGAUUGGUGCUGAAACACGUGCGGUUGCUGGAUCCUGAGUUGGCCGGGUCAAUGGGCCGUUGCGAUGGUAUGCUCGUGGUCGACAUUGACGGGGCCAACAAAGCUCUCGGUAUUGUGGAGCUAACUCCAGAUGAAAAAACGCUUCAUUGCCUUGCAUUUGAUUCAAAGACUCGGGAGCCAGUGACCGACCUUGCCUAUGACUGGGAGUACUAUACAAGCCUCGGAGAUGGCCUUACUGACGUUCCUGACAUAAUGGAUCCAGAGCGUGUCGAGACCUUCAAAGAGGGCCUCAACGGAAAACUCACUCUUAAAGGAACAGCUAAUAAGGACGUUAGGAAAGAUAGGAUGACGCGGUUGAGAUGUCGAGUUGCAAAAGAUGGAGUCAGUUACACAUCACCUUACUAUAGUAUCAGACUAUUAGAUGAAAAAGUGGGCGCUGAAGAUUCGGAGAAAAUAACAGUUCCAAAAUACUGGGCUAGGAUUGUUGGCCUUGAUGCUAAAGGGCGUGCAUCGGCUGUUCCAGGAGCGACGAUUCGACUGAUCUGCCAGGCUAUAGACGCUAAAACUGGCACUGAAGCUGAGAACGUGGACUAUUUGUGGGAACUGCGCAGUAUUGAUGGAAGAAUGGUUGAUGUUGGACAAAUUGCAUCGGGUGAAGUUAGUUUUGGAUGGAACGACAUACUUAUAAAGGAGAUCAGACCAAGCUAUGGAAACAUAAAGGGUCGCUGUAUCAUCAUGGAUCGCGCCACCAAGGAACACUUCUACUCAUUUUUCUUUAACUUCGCCGUCCCACCAACCUUCGACGUGGAAGACAUGGAAAAGCUCUCACCUCUUAUAAAGGAUGCUUCUCCUGAAGACAAUCGCAUGAAGGUAUGGGUGACGGAAUUAAACACACAUGGAAAUCUUGACGAAAUGGUCGGACAGGAUGCUUUCUUGAAAUGCCACGUUGAGGCUCAAGUUGAGAAUGCUGAGGUGCUCGGCUACUCCUGGGAAUUCAUUGACAACCAUGCUCAGCCAAUCUCUCCUAACAUUCUUGCAAAGGAGGUUCAGUACAAAGGUGAUGGAAUUCUCCAGAUGAAUGGUUUACGAACCUACAAGGUUCGACAGGACUACUAUUCUGUUGGUGGUCGUUGUCUUGCACAUGUCAAAAUGGUUAGCAAAGAUGGGAAGGAGGAACAGCUCCGUUUUCCGUCCAAAUACUUCCAAGUGGUUGUUCGCGAUACGGAUGACUCAGUUUUACCAAAGAUACCUGAAGAUUUACAGGGAGAAUUUGUCAUUGUCGAUGUGGACGGCCUUGAUGAACACGGCAAUCUUAAGGCAGAGCCUGGUGACACUGUGACACUUGCAUGCAAGGCUAGAGACAUUGAAGCCGGUGUGGACGAUGUGCCUGGGGCGCAAUCUUGGAAGUUCAUCGACUCAUUAGGCCGUGAAGUGCCUGCAGAAAGACUUGCAAUGUCCGUGGCAAGAACUGGUCGACAAGUCAUCCUGGCUCACCUCAGACCAACCGCGAAGAACAUCAUUACUCGGGGUAUGUGCGUCAUAUUCAGUGAUAGAAGGAAGCGAUUCUACUUCUCCGUGCCUUUUGAGAUGAUGGUCAAACGACGAGACGUUGACGAGGAAAAGGAAGAUGAAGAAGUGGUUGUUGAAGUGUCUGGAGACAUAGCUGACAAUGCCUUCACGGGUUCCAAGGGUGGCGAUGGCAAAUUCUACUGCUCUGCUAAAUACACGAAGACGGACGAGCCAAUUUCUCCCAAACAAGCUAACUAUAUGUGGGAAUUUGAGUUCAACGGUAGGCUAGAGCUGCUGGACAACGUGGUGGGAGAUGUGGCUUCAAAGGCAGCGCAAUCUAUAGACCCAUCUAAUCCGCAAGCCGCUUUGCUCCGGCUCCAUGGUCUUGGCACUUCUGCCAAAUGGACAAGAGCACGUUGCGGUGUUACUGUGACUCAACAACCCGAAGAAGGCGCGCUUGUCAGCAAAACUUACUAUUCAACUUUUUUUACAUCAGGUGAAGCUUUUGAUUCUACGACUCCAGAUGAAUACAUCAUUACAGAUCCCAACAUUUCCAUUCGCGUACUUGGUCUCGACACAUACGACACUGUAAUAGCAAAUUUCAAUGACGACAGGACCCUCAGAUGUUCAGCAAUCGAUAUGGCCUCCGGCCUACCUAUCGAAAGUGCACGGUUUACUUGGGACCUUCGAACUAUAGACAACCAACCCUUGACCACCAACAGACUAGCAGAACAAGUUCGCGCUUUGGGUGGAGUACUGCAGCUUUCUAGAUUGAAGGAAUCAAGCAAAUUUGCUAGGGUGCGUUGUCUCGCCACCUUACCGUCCAAGGGCGUUCCACAGGAAGGCGAAAUGCAAAAGACGCUUCCUUUCUAUGCCUCACCAGUUAUCAAGUUCCAAGUUACCCGGAGAGGGGGCGAAUCUUUGCCUAUAGAACUGAAAGGUGAUAUAUCAAACUUGAAGGUUGAAGUGCAUGGAAUCUCACCUUCGGGAACUCUCACUGAUGUCGAUGGAAGCAACAAAACCCUGGAUUGCAUCGUGACGGACAAAUGGAUAGGCGCCCCCGUUGUUGAGGGUAUCUCAGUGGGUUGGAAUUUUGCCACAGGUCCAGAUAACCAACCAUUCGAGCUCUCCCGUCUUGCUGAUAGUGUUGAAUUCGAUGGGUCCAAGGUGGUGUUGACUGGUCUCCGUAAAACUGCCAAGUAUUCGGGCGGUCUGCGCGGCCAGUGCAUUGUCUCUGGUGAAGGUGGUGACACUCUUGAUGUACCGGUGGUAAAAUCCGAUGUCUUUGCCAUUCAUAUUCUACCAAAGCCUUCGGUCGAUCUGGAAGAGUCAGAAACACCUGAGGAAGACAAGGAUAAGGGGCUUCCUGAUACAUGGCUUCCUGGACCCGAACCCAAAGAUGCAGUCGUUGUGAUAAUUCACGACUUAAAUCGUGAUGGAGAAUUCGAACGUAAUAUUGGUGCAGAUGCAACACUGACUUGUGUGGCACACGACACGAAAACCCAACAGCAACUGAAGGUAGGCAGUUCGGAUGACAAGAUGUCGCUACGUUUUGGAUGGGAACUCCGCGAUGAGAAGACUGGAGAAAGGGUGAGCUUCAAAGAACUGGUGUCUGGCCAAGUGACUAUAACUCAGACCUCUCAGGGUGUAGAUGCGCCAGACUCUAGUGCAGUUAGCCGCCUGUAUUUGGAGAGCCUUCUCUCUACCGCUGGAAGGUCUCUUCGUGGUCGCUGCACUGUAAGGCUAAAUGGUCAGCGCUAUUACUCCUCCUACUUCCCCGUUUCAAUCGGCGGCAAGAGGGUUACUGAAAGUGUUGUUACUGUUGAUGACAUCCCCGGAUACUAUGAGGGUGACAAUGCUGUCGCCGUACUUGUUUCACAACUGGACGCCAAUGGAGGAAAAGUUGUGUACAGUGGCGACAAUGCGACACUAACUUGUUCUGCGAUAAAUUCCAAAUCUAAGAUUCCGCUUCCUGAAAAGUCGGUGUUGUAUGGAUGGAGAUUGGUGAAUGCUGAAGGUCAUGAGUUAUCUCCAGGAUGUUUAGCAUCAGUUCAAACUGAGGGAGACACGUUGACUUUGACCAAUGUCUCAUACACAGUCGAUGAAAAGGGCGUUUUGGAGCCUAUCUAUGGUUGGUGCGUUGCAGGUGUAAAACGAGCAACCGGUUUGUCGGGAUUACAGCGCUACCGAUCUGACACGUUCAUUAUCCACCAGAACGGUAAAAGUGAUGGCGAACCUUCGACUCUUGAUAGACCCGAACUUGCGGUUAGUGUAACCAAUGUUGGUGGAGAUGAAGACUUCCUCGUUCGUCCAGGUGAAGACGUGGAAAUGGUAGCAACUGUGACAGACUCGAAAACCGGCCAAGCAGUAUCGUCAAAGGACUUGAGUAUCGGUUGGGAGUGGACAGAUGUGAGUGGAAUGCGACCAAUAACUUUGGGAGAGUUCGCCACUGGUGGCGAGGAGCUGAACUCUGAUGGCUCGUACAAUGCUUACGAUGUGCAACUUCCACAGUCCGUUCGUGGACGCGCUGUCGUGACUUACAACAGACCUGAAGAGGGUCGAAAGUGGCACUACACAUCACCUUAUUUUUUCCUUUCUCCUGAUGGUGAAUUCGUUCCUGUAGAGGGAGAAAAAUCAUUUAAAGCAAUUCCUUUUGAUGAAGCUGGCGACAACGAUGUCGUGCUCAAAAUCACUGGACUAAACGACAAGAAUCAAUUCGUUGUUCCCACUGAAGGCAAAGGCGAAAUCACUGUUUCUGCUAUUGACGCAACUGCAGGAAACGUCCUAACAGAGGAAACAAGCCCUGCGUUAUUGGGCUAUGGCUGGGACUUGGUCAAUCCCAAUGCUCUCCCAACUCACAGCGCUGAUUUAGCAGACUCAGUUACAAUGGAAGCGAAAUCGGGCAAACUUACCAUAACCAAUUUGCAUCCAGGCGGACGCCAGACACUGGUAAGAAUGACCGCUCUGGUUGAGACCAAGGAAGGAGAAGGGGAAGGGGCGAUCAUCCUGCGUAAGCGCUACAAGUCGGAUCCAAUACCUAUUCUCUCUGAGGCUGAUACAUGGCCCGAUGAUUCUGCUAUGGACCUGACUGGAAAGAUGGUUACUGUCAUUGUUGAAGGAUUGGAUGAAAACGGCAGCCUUGUUUUGGGUCCCGGUGAAAGUGUGAAGUUGAACGCUGUCGUCAAAGAUGCCUCGGGAGCUGAUCCAAAAGUAAUCGGAUACUCGUGGGUGUUUACUGAUCGCAAGGGUUACCUAGUGGCGCCUUCAUUGAUUGCGAAGGGCGUCGCAAAGAAUGCAGACGGUAGUCUUCAACUCUCCGUCAUCCAGUCUUCCGCGAUGGCUGACGGAGUACGUGGUCGCUGUCGUGUGGGUGUAGAACGCAAGAGUGGCAAAGGUCCUCAGUACUACGAGUCUCCUUGGUUUAAUUUAAAGUUACGAGCUGAAGAAGAAACCGGCACAAUUGAUGGCCCCAGUGGUAUCCCCGACGAACGAGAGUAUGGCUUCACUUUGAAGAUAAAAUCGAAUACCAGCAUUAUCUAUCCAACCAAAGAGGGCGACAUUGUGAUGGCUCGACCGCAUCUUCCCCUUGAGCUGGACUGUGUGGUUGAGUUUGAAGAGGGUAUUAGUCCGCGUUGGACGGAGGAUGCUACUCCAAUUCCACGCCUUUGGUGGUAUUAUCGACGCCCAGAGAUACCCGGUGAUGUUCCAAUUCCGGCCGAACUCUAUCGUGUGGAUCCAGGCAAACUGGAGACUUUGCUCAUCAGUGAAGUUAGCGAUCGUGCCAUUCGUAUAUCCUCGGAUCUCUAUGACUUCCGCGAUGAUCUUGCUGAGUUUCAAUGCCAUGCAAUGGACAAUGCUAGGACACUGGCGAAGCGGACUGUUUUCAUCAACCUUGUCUCCGGUUAA